CUCUCUCUGUGAGUUUGUUAUUUGUGGUUUUUGUUGGUUGUUAGUCUAAGAAGCUGAGCUUUGUCCGGAAGGAAAUGGGCAGGAAGUGCUCACAUUGCGGAAACAUAGGUCACAAUUCAAGAACCUGCACCAAUUUCAGACGCACUGUUGUUGGUGGACUUAGGCUUUUUGGAGUGCAACUUGACCUAUCUUCUUCUUCUUUUGCCAUGAAAAAGAGUUUUAGCAUGGAGUGCUUGUCUUCUUCUUCUCCGUCUUCUUCUUUGUGUUCUUCUCGAGUUUCCGUCGACGAUAAUCCUGAUAGAACUUCAACUGAUUAUCUCUCUGAUGGCCUCAUCGGCCCAAUCCAGGAAAGAAAGAAGGGAGUUCCAUGGACAGAAGAGGAGCACCGAGCAUUUCUAAUUGGCCUUGAGAGGCUUGGAAAAGGAGACUGGAGAGGCAUCUCCAGAAACUAUGUGACUUCAAGAACUCCAACCCAAGUUGCUAGUCAUGCUCAGAAGUAUUUUCUUCGCCUUGCUAGCCUAAACAAGAAGAAGCGGCGUUCGAGUCUCUUCGACAUGGUUGGAAGCAGCCAUCAAGCUAAUUAUACUUGCAACUCCAAGCUAAGUGAUGAUCAUGUUCUGAGUCAUGAUCAAUAUUUGAAGCCAAAUAGCUCUCAAUAUGCAAUACAAAAUGACACUUUUCUGGCUUCCCCUCUGGUAGGCCUUAACCAUUCUGAUAUUAAUAACCAAGAAAUUGACCAUCCUCAAUUAGUUUCAUGCCACCAUUCCAUACCUCUGCCAAAACCUUCAAACAGAUCAAAACCAACAUCUUCAAAUGUAUCAUCUGCUGAUCUGGAGCUCACUCUUGCUGGUCCAACUCCUCUGGAAGGGAAUAAACCUUCCCCAAGUCCGUUCCUCAUCUCCAUAAGAGCUACAUAGCUAGCUAAUUAAUUGACUAAUAUCCAUGCUGAUAGUGGAGCUUUAUAUCUAUAUAUAUGACAUCACUGUUAGUAUUAUAUAUUAAUUUCCGGUGUAGUCAUCAUGUGUUAACAGAGGAAUUAAUACAUCCAAAAGUUCUCUUUUGUUAUAA